UUUUGAUGGACAGAUUUCAAGACCCAGGAAUGUGCUUUGACAUCUGCAGUUGUCAGUUUGUCUGUCAUUACUCAUUUGAGUCCUAUGAGCAGGCUGAUACGAUGCUCAGAAAUGCCUGUGAGAGACUUAGCCCUGGGGGCUAUUUUAUUGGUACUACCCCCAAUAGCUUUGAACUGAUAAGACGCCUGGAAGCUUCAGAAACAGAAUCAUUUGGAAAUGAAAUAUAUACUGUGAAAUUUCAGAAGAAAGGAGAUUAUCCUUUAUUUGGCUGCAAAUAUGACUUCAACUUGGAAGGUGUUGUGGAUGUCCCUGAAUUCUUGGUGUAUUUUCCAUUGCUAAAUGAAAUGGUGAAGAAGUACAAUAUGAAACUAGUCUACAAAAAAACAUUUCUGGAAUUCUAUGAAGAAAAGAUUAAGAACAAUGAAAAUAAAAUGCUGUUAAAACGAAUGCAGGGCCUAGAGCCAUAUCCUGCAAAUGAGAAUUCUAAACUUGCCUCUGAGAAGGCGGAUGACUAUGAACAUGCAGCAGAGUACAUGAAGAAAAGUCAAGUAAGGUUACCUUUGGUAUUUACUUGGUUUUUGCCUUUGAGAAGCAGCAAUGAGCAUGUAGGCAGUAGUGCAAAGGAACUGUGCUCUGUCCUGCACAGAUUUGAACAAUCCAUCUCAGAUACAUUUGACAGCUUUGUUUGCUUAUUUUAAUUCUAAAGUGCAGGAUGCUGCCAGAAACUUCAGAGUAUAAAUUCAACAUUUGCUGUCUGUGACAGAUGAACUUUUGUGUGUGUAUAUAAGAACGAGUUGGGAUCUUUGUCUUUAAAAUCUAUUUUUAAGUAAUGUUCUAAGAAUUCCAUUUGCCUCUAAUCUGUUAGCUCUUAAAAAUUAUAAUAUGACUUGUAAAAGCAACUGAACUCCUUUCCACAGUGCUCUGAUGUGUUCAAUGUGUGUUUACAGUUUUAAAUUUAUUGCGGUUGUAGGAUUGGUCAGAGCAUUUCCAUCAUG